AUGGUUGAUUUCAAGCGGGAUCAGGAUUUCGAAGUCUUGGAACAUUCUGAUAAUCUUGCAGCUACUGCAGCUGAAAAGUUGGAGUACAUACCACCAGACCAACAGACUGACGAUAAUGCUCGGCGGAUCCCACAGAUGUGGCAACCUUUGAGUCCCUGGAUCCUGAGACCGAAACCCGAGCAUGCAGAGAUACAGCCGUCAACGGCAUCUUCAAACGCCGAAAGCAUUAGUGCUUUCUUGGAUCCUCGGGAUGGCCCACUGGAUUCCUGGGCGCAUCCUUCUGUCGAUCAGUCAUUCAAGUCCGAGCAAUGUGCUCCUAUGAACACAGUGGACGAAAAUUCUAGAUCUACGCCGGAGGAAGCGUUUACGCCUACUGUUUCGAAACCAGAACAACGCUUCCAUUCCUGUGUGCACUGUGUAAAAUCGUUUUCAAAGAAAGGUUAUUUGCGAAGACACAUGAACGAUGUUCACUCGGAUCAACGUCCGAUGUUGCACGGACUGAUUGCUACUCACAACAUUUUGGUGAUUAUUUCCGGGAAGGGUGGUGUGGGUAAAUCUACAGUUACUGCUCAGUUAGCAGUGUGCAUGUGGCUCAGAGGUAUGCGCGUGGGCAUACUGGACGCCGACUUCUGUGGUCCUACAGUACCUCGUAUACUGGGUUUGGAGCAUAGCAAGGUACAUGCUAUUCCCGAAGGUUGGAUGCCGGUCUACGCAGAUGGUUCUUCCCAAAGAUUGUGUGUCAUGUCAAUCGGAUUUCUUCUGGAGGACCACGAUGCCGCUGUUGUCUGGCGAGGUCCACGGAAGUCUGGAAUGAUUGGGGAACUCAUGAACUCAGUCUGCUGGGGGCAACUUGAUUGUCUCAUCAUAGACACGCCUCCUGGAACAUCUGAUGAACAUCUUAGCAUUCUCAGCCAGAUCAAGCAGUUCUCGGAGGGCAAAUUUGUUGGCGCUGUGUUAGUCAGCACUCCCCAGCGAGUCUCUUUAUGUGAUGUACGGCGCGAGCUGGGUUUUUGUGCCAAAACAAACUUGAACGUUAUUGGGCUGAUCGAAAACAUGAGUGGUUACCGGUGCCCAAAUUGCUCCCAUUGCUCCAAUCUGUUCUCCUACGGUGGUGCCGAAUCCCUCGCCAAAGAAAAGGGAGUCCCGUUCCUGGGUCGGUUACCCAUCGAUCCAGUUUUAACUAUUACCUGUGACUCUGCGGAUCCCUUUACCUCCAAGACCCACGUUUCCGAGGCCGUCAUUAGUGUUCUCGAUACCAUCCUUCGACAUUGUCCCAGUUUGACUUCUCGGCCGAAUUGA